AACUCGUAGGUAGGAAGUCCCCUGAAGUCCUUGUCAGUGUGUGUGCGUGUGUCCCUCCUGCUCGUCUCCCUCUCUGUCAGUCUUCGAGUAUCACACUGUGCUCCAGAUGUUGAGUCGACUGUUUGCAGUGGGCGUGUUGGUGGGCGUGUUAGGGGUAACCGUCGUCCUUUCUGCCAUACCUGGACCUAAUGACGCUCGCUAUCCUGACUACAUCGUCGACCCCAAGGUGAAAUGCGAGAAGGAGGGCAGCUUCCCCCAUCCCAGGAACUGCAGCUGGUACUACAGAUGUGUGGACAGAAUGCACGUGGGUAUGUACUGGACGUACUACUUCGAGUGUGAGCCCGGCACGGUCUUCAGCGACGAAUUGGACCAAUGUGUGCACCCGUUCCUGGCCGAUCCUCCUUGCGGAAAGCCCAUCACCACUCCUGAACCCACCCUUGAGUGUAAGGGCGUCCCCGGCACCUGCACCUUCUACGAUGUGUGUAGACCGGUGAGGAGGAAGAUACAUCUGUGUGGGAAAGUCCAGUGCCCUCUGAGGUCCCCCUUCCUACAGUGUGCCCCUGGCUCCUUCUUCAAUAUGAAUGACAGGGAGUGUGUUAAACCUCCACGACCGGAAGACCUGUGUGGCUCGGUGACCAAAACCAACAUCACCAUCACGGAGAUCGGGGAGCUGGCCUGUUCCUACGACAACAUCAGACCAUCCUCAGACAUCAUCUUGAAGCUCCACUGUGAGAAGUAUGCCCUCUGUGAGGCCGGCAAGUAUGUGGGCACGAAACAGCUGUGCAAGAAGUAUUUCGAGUGCUACAUGCAAGACAACGUGUGGAAGUAUCACCAGCGCUUCUGUCCUGUCGGCCUCCUCUACAGCUACGAGCACGACAAGUGUGAUUACGUCCCAACCGCGGAGGACCAGUGCCAGUAGGACAUCUGUCUCCCCGUCUCUUUGAUGUUUGUCUGUCUACUGUGUUUGUCUGUCUGUCUGUCUCUCAUAUGUAGUAUGUCUGUUAAGUUUGUUGUGUACAUGUGUGUGUAUGUCACUCUCUACCUGCUAUGAUCAGAAAGAAAGGAAUGAACAGGUAACGUCUACCUGAACAACAUCUGUUUGAAGAACACAUCCUUGAUGAACAGCGAAUUGAAGAACAUUUACCUGGAGAAUAUUUCCCUGAAGAACACCUACCCGUAGAACCCCUACCCGUAGAACUCCUACCUGAAGAACACCAACUUGAAGAACACCUACCCGUAGAACCCCUACCCGUAGAACACCUACCUGAAGAACACCUACCCGUAGAACUCCUACUUGAAGAACACCAACCUGAAGAACACCAACCUGAAGAACACCAACCUGAAGAACCCUACCUGAA